UUUUAAAGGCAGUGCUUUAAUGCCUUUCUAGUUGCCGGGUUAAUCCUUCCUUCCGCGAUAUCCAACUUAUCUACGUGGGGGGUCAUUAGGCUCCAAGUAGAUCCGGAAAUGUUGAAUUCUCUCCUCUUCUUAUUGCGAUAUAAAAUGUUUUUUGUUUCAUUUCAUUUACAUUGGGAAAUAGAGAAACGAUCAUUGUGUUUUGUUAGUUUUAAAAACUUUUGAUAUAUUAGUAUUUUGCAUUAUAAGCAGUCAACCGAUUGACAAACUAGAAUUAUUUGAAUUCCGUGUGGAAAGAGCUCGGGUUUAUUUCGAGUGUUAUCUGCAAUCUAGAUGUUUAUAAAUCAUUUCAGUCGUUGAUAUAAUAAUUAAAUGUCGACUGAACAUGAAUUAUAUUAUACAAUUUAAAGCGCAUUUCUGUUUAUGCACGUGAACCCGUCUAACGUUAUUGUAAUUUCGCAGUUAUAUAAAGUAGCAAAUUAUCGUUCCUGAAUAGGUGGCGCCGUGGUAGCGGAUCCUGUUCCUCUACUUCCGGUUUCUGCACUGUGCAACUAUUUCAGUUAUAUUUUUAAUUAACGAUGCCAAGUACUUGUUGUUGUGUACCUGGAUGUCAUUUAAGAGGAGGACAUGCAUUUCCAAAUGACUUAAAAAGAAGGAAAAGUUGGAUCAACGCCAUGGCCCAUACGCAGAUUGGACGAGAACACGAUGAUAUCGUGGAGUCCAUCUCAAUCAGCUGUUGUUUGCAAGGCACGUUUUACUGAAAAAGACUACGUGCAGGAAACUAUUCAUGUGCGCAAACCCACCAUACAGAGACUUAAGUCUACUGCCAUUCCCAGCCUAUUUUCCUGGACCAAGCAAGAGACUGAAUCGUCCGCAAAAAGAAAAAUCAGGGCAGUUUCCUGUGAAAACAAAAGAACUAAACUUGAUGAAUAUUGUAGUAGAAAUCUAGAGGAAAGUUUUGAUUGUAAAGUUGGUUUUCCUGAAGAAGUCAUUCAUACUGCAGAAAGGAUUUAUGACUGUCCACCACCAACUGCCGAGCUAAUGUUGAGCUUCACAGAUGGAAUUACGCAAACACCAUCAAUGCCUAUGUUUUCAGCAGAGAAUUUUGAAAUGAAGACACGUGACACAGCCAUGCAUUUUUAUACCGGUGUAGAGUUGUAUACUAAAUUUUUAUUUGUUUUGACCACACUUGGUCCAGCAGCACAUUGUUUGAGAUACAUAUAUAUUUCAAAUUGAUAGUGUGUCAGUUGAAAAUCAGUUUUUUUAUGACUUUGAUGAAAUUGAGGCAUCAUACAACCAACUUUGAACUGUUUAGAUUCUAGAUUGAAUCUAGUGUUAAGAAUAUUGUGUAUACAUGGAUUGUUUUUAUGUC